GUGCGCGUAAUAGCCGAGCGCGAGGCAAGGGGUUUUUGUCUCGCAGAGGGAAGCGCUCCGAGCUUCAGAGGGCUCGCGCACACCGGAGGAGCAGCAGCACGCAGCAGCAGCAGCCCCGCAACAAGAGUGUGAUUCAGCCCCGCAGAGGAGCCGCAAGCCUGCCCCGCACACACACUCUGAGACAGGCGGACCCCUGAAACACACCACACUCGCUCACUUUUGAUACUCGACACAACUUCACCAAUGGAGGACCAGCUGCUCUGCUGCGAGGUGGACUCCAUCCGGAGAGCCUACCAGGACGUGAACCUGCUCACGGACCGGGUCCUGCACACCCUGCUGCGCGCGGAGGAGAACUGUCUGCCCUCACCGAACUACUUUAAGUGCGUGCAGAAGGAAAUAGUUCCUAAAAUGAGGAAGAUCGUCGCCACCUGGAUGUUAGAGGUACUCCACUCAACUUUAUCUGAGUGUCUGUGAGUGAGUGAGCGUGUGUGUGCGUCAAGGAGAGAGAGAAAGAGAGAGAGAGAGAGAGCUGACCUGUUGCUUUGUGGAAGUGUUUGUGUUUUUGUGAUCUAACACAUCAGAGAUGACUAUGAGUGUUUGGAGCUCUCUCUCUCACUCUCUCUCUGUGUUAUGUUACAUAAAGGCUGUGAAAAGUAUGUCCUCUUGAGUUCUGGGUGGUCCUUCGGCCAUAAGAGGAGAUCCUGGCUGCAGACUGCUUCCAUGCAUGAAAACCCCUCCGACACUUCAUUUUAAAUCAAAUGUAUUUUUAAUAAGUUUCUUGUGUGUGAAAACAGGAGGAAAAUAUUCCAAAAUAAAAGCAAUGUACACGUAUGCAGUCCGGCCCGUGCCAGUAUUACGCGCCAUCUUUGUUGUCGCAUGAGGAGGAUUUUAAUGUCAUAAAAAAUCUAAAACGUGUCAAAGAGUGACAGUGAGUCUGUUAAAAGUGUCACAAAUGCUUCUUCAUUGUGAGACGGUUCGGUUCUGGGUGCUACGGAGGGUUCGGCUGCUUUGAGCGAAUAAACUCCGCGGUUUGAGUCCGCAGAGCUGCGCUGCCCGCGGGGCUUGAGCUGGGGAAAAAAGCGGUUUAAUAAAAGUGUAAAAAAGAUAAAAUUCAUUUUAAGUGUCGGGUUUGGUAGUUUGGAUAUUUCUGAAGAUUUACAAGCUGUUUUAAGUUGAAUUCUGUGCGUCUUUAUAUUUUUUAUUAAUUUUUGAACUUGCGUAUCAGAGAGCCGAAGGGAGCACGUGAAAAGCACCUCCGCGUGAGAAAUGAUUUUUAUAAAAUUAACACGCGGCACAAUUCGACAUAUUUGACUGCCAUCCGAUCAGGUAAUCGAUGAGGAUCAUUUACAUGUCGAUUUGAAGCGGGCUGGUAAUUUUUAGAUAUUUUUAAAUAUUUUUUGAAAAGAUGACGAUGUUGAAAUUAGAGAGUGAAACUUCGAUGGACGCCACCUUUGUGUCUCAGUCAGAACUGACUGCAAACUCAUUCCGCUCUUUCCAUCACAGCUGCAGGCUCAUGAAGAGAGCUUUUUGUUUCUGUUCAAAUUAAAUAUGCACUAAAAAGUUUGUUUUUUACCUUAAUUAAAACUUUAACGAAUUCGAUGUGAAACAUGAGUGGAUUUCCAGUUCGGCUUUUUACGCACAAACACAUCCUGCAGACUUUUGAGCUUUUUUCUCACCUUUUUCAGGUGUGCGAGGAGCAGAAGUGUGAGGAGGAGGUGUUUCCGCUGGCUAUGAACUAUUUGGAUAGAUUUUUAUCAGUGGAGGCCACCAGGAAAACGAGACUGCAGCUGCUGGGAGCCACGUGCAUGUUUCUAGCAUCCAAGAUGAAGGAGACGGUGCCUCUGACGGCGGAGAAACUCUGCAUCUACACCGACAACUCUGUUCAGCCCGGAGAGCUGCUGGUAAUUCACUUCAUCAUGUUAUAUAACACAUGUACAGUCACUGAGCAGCUGCAGAGAGCGCGUGAGCGGGACACAGUAACUUUAUAUAAAAAAAGGCUUUAUUAUCACCUGAGGAGGACAUGCAUUAAAAUCAAUCAAUCGAUUAAUCGGUGUGUUGGAAGGUGUAAACAAACAGCAGAGCAGCUGUGAGGGUGAAUGGCUGCCUGUGACUCUCAUGGUGACUGCAGGCCUCCCUCAUUUCAUGAAUGGUCUCAGUGAGUGCCAAGAAAACACCGAUUCACAGCGCCGCCCAGCGGACACAGGGCAGAGCUGCAGCAGCAGAGACACGCAACACAAAGAGCUGCACAUUUAUACUUUUCUUACCUCAGAGCAGUACGGUCAGAAAAGCUAGAUCUAGACAUAAACUAGAAAUAAAUCACUGCUCUCAUAAGUGUCUAAUCAUCUAUAUAUAAAAUAACACUGUUUUAAUGAGCCUUUUAUACCUACAUAGAAGUGGGUCUGGCACCAUGUACCGCCAUGUUUCUACAGACAAGCUAGUAACGUACCUGUUUUUAAAAUGCACCAUUGGAGAAGUAAGAGAGAGUGGAUGUUGUUGUAUGCAACAUAAUUUGCAUUAGAUGUAAACCUACAAAUGGAGGAGUUUACCACACAGGUGUUUCUUUUCCUCGAAGGCCACUAGAGCUGAACAAGGGGGGAAAUUUAGGGUCAAAUCUGACGACCAAAUACUGCAAAAACUAUAGUUUUGUGCCUUUAAAACCCUGCUGAUGUGACCAGCCUCUUUGCAACGCUUCAUAACUGUGUGACAUGAUUUAAAGUAAUGAUUUAUACUACACUAACAGACAUUUAAGAUAUGACUAUGCACUGACUUAAAUUACAUAUGGUAGCAAAUAAUGCAUAUGGAAGAAAUUGGAUGGUAUCAUUAUGUAAUACAAGCGAUGUCUGAUUCAUAUGAGGGCGUUGAGUCUCCGCCUCACUCUGACUGACUCUGUUGUAUCUGUUUCCGUCCCCUUUAGCAAAUGGAGCUGCUGGUUCUCAACAAGCUCAAGUGGGAUCUAGCCUCAGUCACACCUCACGACUUCAUCGAGCAUUUUCUGUCCAAGCUGGAGAUCCACCCAUCCACCAAGCUGAUCCUGCGCAAACAUGCACAGACCUUUGUGGCUUUGUGCGCAACAGGUGGGACACCUUUCCUCCUGUGUUUAUUUGUCCUUUAGUAUCAUACAGAACCAAAGUUUCAACCAUAACCCAAAUUUCUGAUGGUAUACAGACCUUAUCGCAGUUUGGAAGUACAUUUUCCACACACUCAUCUAGAGUUAUUUAUCCCCACAGGAAAAUGAGUAGUUCACUUAAAACUUUAGAGGCCUAAACCUUCACUCUCUUUAAAACACAAGCCAGACGUUCCUUGUUUUGUUAUUAUCAUGUUUUAGGUUUAUCAACGUUGAAGUUUUAUUAUCUGUAGGAAACCAUAAAGUCUGCUUUUUGCCUUAGUGUUUAAUCAGUGCUGUAGCAUUUACAGUAGAUUUGUAUACCUGUACACAUAUAUAGCCUGAUGUGCAUCUCCUUAACAUGUAAAUACACAUGUAAACAACCCUGACUGCAAGCUCUCUGAUUGGUCCACCAGGUACCAUUUCCGUGCUCUGAUUCAGCAGUUUUUCUUUACCUCGUUUUUAACUUUUCCCUUGAUUUCUUGAAGUACAGUUAACUGCUGCAUAACAUUUAUCGGCUCUAGAUCAAAUACAUGACACACUCAAGUUACGUCACCAUCGUGCACGAUUGCGCCAUGCAGCAGAACUAGAAACUGUCCAUAUGUAAAGCAAAGAAUACACACUGCUAGCUAGCAUCUUAAGUGGGGACGUAGCGCAGAUGCAGAAGUGUAAUCCAGGAUUUAUUACAGGUUACUCAUGUUGAUGUGUUUUUUGAUACAUACUCUGAUUCUUCCAACAGAUGUGAACUUCAUCGCCAGUCCUCCAUCAAUGGUGGCAGCGGGCAGCGUAGUGGCGGCGGUUCAGGGUCUCUACCUGAAGAGUCAGGAUGCCUCCCUGUCCUCUCAGAACCUCACAAACUUCCUGUCACAGGUCAUCCGCAGUGACCCGGUAAGAAGACACGCACAAGAGCGUGGUGUUGCCGAUUCUGUGUUGUGGAUGCUGUUCAGUGUUGCUCAUAGUUGCUCUGUCUCCCUCAGGACUGCCUGCGGGCCUGUCAGGAACAGAUCGAGUCCCUGCUGGAGUCCAGCCUGCGGCAGGCUCAGCAGCACGCCAGCAGCACAGAGAGCAAACGCGUGGACGAGGACGUGGACCUGUCCUGCACGCCCACAGACGUCAGAGACAUUAACAUCUGAACGAGGGACCGCCAUGUCGCCCCAUGACCUGAUGAUUGAGGGAAAGCUGUCCACAGAGGGGGGGUUCAGGGGAGGGGGUGCCUCUUAUGAACUUAGCCUCCUCCACCUCCUGCUAUUAUGGCCGACAAGAUGGGACUUAGCGCCCCCUGCCUCUCGCUCGCCCCGCAACUACAUCCUACGUUCUUUUUUUCCUGCCCUCUACCCCCCCUUUAUCACAGCGGGAAGAAAAAGUACAGACACGUACGAGACAGACAGAGAAAGAGAGAGAGAGAGGGACGAUGAGCUGAGUGGGCUGGAGCCACACAGCAGGUUUCUCCCUUAGAUAUUAAAGUAGGAAUCUUUAAAUUUACAGACUCUGCUCGCCUACACACACAAACACACACACUAAUACACAGACGGAGCGUGUGCAGUAGGUCUCUGUAGUCUGUCCACGUCUGACUGUUAUCACAGAGAAGAGCCUUUACUCUCACGCCUCUUCUGUUGUGUUUCCACUCCCUGUCCAAGCCCCCAUGUUUGACACUCACGUAUCCCUGCUUGCUUCUGUUUAGUCACUUUAUUACCUCUCACAUUAGACCUUCUGUUAGUCUUAAACCCUCUUUUUUGUUAUCCUAUGUGAGAGCUGCUCUGGACAACACGUCAGCUUGUUUUAUCAGAGCGAUCCACCGGCGCUCAGAGGGCUGGGCGAUAUUCUUAUAUCAUUUAACAUUUAUCAUCACACAGUAGGUGGUCUGCAGCCUGAAGAAACCAGAAGCUGAGCUCAAGAUGUCAAUCACGUGGGUGAAAUCAGUGUUAGUCUCCUCAGCAGGCACCAAACAUGAUCAACGUUUGUGAGCUGAGGUGUUCAGUCUUUAUGGUGCACUCCAUUUGACCUCAGGAGUCAGAGUCAGUUGGACUGUGUUGUCAUGGUGUGUUGGUGAUGUAACAUGAAGCAAACUUAUCUCCUGACAUUGGCAACAGGAGCAUAUGGCCUGACAACUUUCUGUCUUUGUUUCUGACUCAGUUCUGAGCUGAAUGGAGCGCACCAUCACUUAUCCACAGAGGUUUGUCCUCAUCUCCCGUAGAGAGGAUUUUAUCGCCCAGUCCUGUGCUUUAAUAAUCUCUCUCUUUUUUUAGUAUAACCAUUCCAACUUGUUUUCUAAAAAAGAAAAAAAAGCACUUUUUGGUCAGCACUGCUGGUCGUCUAAAAAAAAAAAAAAAAUCACAUUUUGUAAAACAACAUGAAAAGGAGUCUAUGGGGCCGCGGGCAGGAGUGUUUGCAGGUGGAGAGGUGCAGCUGUGCUCUGGUUUGAUCACCUGAUGGAACAGCAAAGUGACCAGAACUGCAGAAACAUUUCUUAAAAAAAAAAAAACAGACUGAAUGCUGCUCGACAUGCCGUGAGUCUGCUGUUCUGCUAACGCUGCCUCACAGGGCCGAGUUUUAGUUGGACCGGUGUUUCCGACAGGCAUAGGUGCUCGUACAUCCCUGUAGUGUGCAGAUCCAAAAACUAGAAAGAAGUAUUAUUUUAUAGCUAAAGUAAUACUUCUUUUCCAUAUAGUGCUAUUUAUUUUUUCUAGCUUGCUUGCUCCCCCUGCUGUCCAGAAAUAUUAGUCAAACUAAAACCGGUCUGAAUCAGCAGGACAGCUCCUCUCCAGCUGAAACACUUGGGCUCCUGGGCUCUCAGAAGAAAGAGGAGUGUGUUGAGACUAUUGAAAUGAUUUUGCACAAAGGGGAGGGGAGGGGGGCUGCGUUUCUUUGGGGGACGUGACUAAAAAAAAGAGAAGAGGAAAGCUGAAAGACAGUAAAAGUGGCAAAAAAGGGUGAAGGCUCAACAGGGAGGUGUGUCUUAAUGCUGUAGAGUUAAAGUCAGGGUUCCUGCGUGGGACCGAGGGGGGGCGACGAUCAGACGAUUCUGCAGAUCCAAAUCCAGUAGUGUGUCCGUCUGUGUGGGAACGCUGUGACGUAGGUUUCUGAUUGUACAUUAAGGAUAGAGAGUAGGAGAUGAAACACUCCUUGUAUUCCGCUGCUAUAGAAAAUAAAUCCCAGCUACGUGUUUUUUUUUUUUUAAGAAAGACAAAAUGAGACAGGAUUGAAAUGAUGCUUUCUCUUGUUGUUUGCUGCUACUUUUUUAUACAUGUCAAUAUACUGCCAUUUUAGGUUUGAAUUUUCUCAUAGAAAAUUGUGUUAUUGACAUCCUCAUUGUAUGUAUGUAGAUUCUAUGUGUUUUUGUUAAUAAUUACGUUGAAUGAUUUUCCGAACUAUUCCAAAAAGAAAAGAAAAAAAAAAAAGGAAAACGAGACAAUGUACAGAAAUGCUUUGAUCCAGGAUACCUCAUGUGACAGUCCAGAUCUAUCUCUGAUUUGUAGUCUUUAUGUGUGGAGUUCUUGUUGAUUCUACGUGUCGGCUCUGUUAGGAGGCUGAGGAUGGGAGCAGCAGCGAGUCCGUGCUGUGAUAAUGGUGCCAUAACAGAAAAUGGGAUCUGUAUAACUCUGUGGAGUGUUAAGCUGUCUCGCUGAAAGAGACUUUAUCCCCCUUUAGGCCCAUAGCGGCCUUCUCUCCUUCCCCUUUUAUAUUUAUAAAAGAAAAAAGCUUUUGCUCCAAUUGUCCAACUGUCAGUGAGUUUGAGUUGUACAUAGAUUCAGUGUCAGUGUAUUCAGUAAGCCAUAGACUCUUCUUGUUUUGUUUUUACAAAUCAUUCCACACACUCGUGUCGACCACACCAGUUUAUCUGUGACUGGGACAAACUGAGUGUUCAUAUCUGUGUCAACUACACAAUAAAAACAUGAAUUAGAAGAAAA